UUGCUCAUCGUUAGACCCCCAGGUGGUGAACCCAUUUGGAUUCCAUAUGCAUUCAAACAUGACUCAAGUUAUAGUGGCUGUCAAGGAAAACAAUAUGUCAAACGCACAUGGUACCGAAAGUUUGUUGGGGUCAUGCUCUGCAAUUCUUUGCGAUAUAAGAUUUAUCUCAGUGAAAAUCUAAGAGACACAUUUUACAGUAUAGGUGACAGCUGGGGGGAGAGGAGAGGAUCACUGUCAGUUUGUGGAUUCCUAUAUGGAAGGAAGAACAGAUCCUCUCUCUGAAUUCCUGCCAACAACUAAAGGUUAUUACCGCCAAUACACUCAGGAGCCUGUAAUGUUUGGAGAA